CGGUUUUUCGAGGCUAAGGUUACAUAAUCUUGGCAAAGAGGGAAUAGAAAAGACCAAAGGAGGCAAAAUGGACAUAAAGUACACAGUUCUAAUCUUCACUGUAAUAUCCACAGCGGCAUGUUUGCCUAACCCAGCAAACAGAGAGGCCGGAAACGUCCGGGCCAACAAUAACGACUGUCCGCCAUUACCUCAGUCCUGCCCCACUGAGUGUUAUGCAAUAAGCUCUACUGGAUGUAUCGUCUGUCAGUGUCCGAAAUCUCAGGGAUCGUCUGCAUCAAAUUCCAGUCACACUGGAACCAGAACAGGGAGUUCUUCUUCCGCCGGAAAUAACAAUGGAUGUCCGCCAUUCCCAUCACAAUGUGACCCGAAUUGCCUAUCUUUAGACAGCAUGGGGUGCCCUAUCUGCUCUUGUUCAACAAAUCAUCAGUCAUCAUUACAAAACUCUUCAAGUUCCGGUGGAGCCGGAAGUGUGCCGAAGGUCAACGGAUGUGCUCCUUUUCCAAAGGACUGCAGCGCUGAGUGUGCUCACAUUGACGCCAUGGGUUGUAUAGUCUGCGCCUGCCAGUCAGGUGGAUCAGGACACACCAGUAACGGAACAUCUUCAUCCUCUUCCUCUAACACCUAUCAGGGGAACAGUAAUGGAUGCCAGACCUUCCCCAAGAACUGCCGUACGGAGUGUGCCGCUGUUGACGCCCGGGGUUGCAUCGUAUGUCAGUGUCCCACCUCAGGUUCUGACAACUCAACAUCUAUCUCGGUACAGACAGCCAGUUCUGGCGGGAACGGAAUUAACGGAUGUCCACCAUUUCCAAAGAACUGCGACUCUUCAUGCGUAUCUUUGAAUGAUAUGGGAUGUGUCGUCUGCACUUGUUCACAUUCAAGUAACAAUAAAACACAGACCGGUGUUCACCAGAUCGGAAAUUACGUCAACACACAAGGUCAGAGUUUAGCAGGAAACGGAAAUGGUUGCCCUGCAAUAGAUCCAAAAUGCCCGGCUCAAUGUACUUCCGUUGACAGCCAGGGAUGUGUUCGCUGCACCUGUUCGACGUCUUCGUCUGCCUCACAAUCCGGAUCUGUCUCGAGCAGCAACGCUGGAGGGUGUGCAUCAAUUCCAAAGAACUGUGAGCUUAGUUGUUUAAAUAUCGACUCUAGUGGAUGUGUUAUCUGCUCAUGUCCGGCGGCGGGAAGUGGCUUUGGUAACACCUGUCCACCAUAUAAUGCAGACGAUUGUGAUGAGGUAUGCAAAAUGACGGACACACAUGGCUGCCCUGUUUGCGACUGUUCGCAGCACUUGGGCUCUACCACCGCCUCGACUAAUCAUAAUAACGGAGGAGUUCCGGGAGCCGGUGGGUGCCCUGCCUUUGACUUCGGUAAAUGUGACCCUUCUUGUGUAUCUAUGGAUGAUAAGGGAUGUUUGACCUGCACAUGUUCAGCUAGCACAGUACCAUCUGCCGGUCAAACCACAACACUAGGGGCCGUAACUAGUGUCCCUGGAGCUGGAGGAUGUCCUCCCUUUGAUUUCAGUACAUGUGAUCCCUCAUGUGUUGUAAUGGAUAGUCAAGGAUGCAUGUCUUGUCAUUGUGCUGCAACAACACAAGCGCCUUCUGGAGGAAAUUCGAACAACACCUCAGGAACGGUAACCAGUGUACCCGGGGCUGGCGGUUGUCCUUCCUUUGACUUUAGUACUUGUGAUCCCAAGUGUGUCGUCAUGGAUGAUCAGGGAUGCUUAUCUUGUAACUGUGCAGUGACAAUGGCGCCAUCUGGAGGACAAUCUAGUACAUCAGGGGCAGUAACUAAUGUUCCAGGUGCCGGUGGAUGCCCUUCCUUUGAUUUCAGUACAUGUGAUCCAAAUUGUGUUGUUAUGGACGCAAGAGGCUGUAUGACAUGCCAAUGUGCAGCAACAACUGCAGUGCCUUCUGGGGGUGAUUCUAAUAAUACGUCAGGAACGGUAACCAGCGUGCCUGGUGCUGGCGGUUGCCCAUCGUUUGAUUUCAGUAACUGUGACCCUAACUGUGUUGUAAUGGACGGACAGGGUUGUCUUUCUUGCCAAUGCAAAGCGACUACAGCUGCCCCUAGUAAUAAUUCUUCAUCAUCAGUGACGUCAGUUCCAGGAGCGGGAGGUUGCCCUUCUUUUGAUUUCAGUAAAUGUGACCCAAAUUGUGUUGUCAUGAAUGAACAAGGCUGCAUGACAUGUCAAUGCAAAGCAACAACACCAGCACCCUCUGGAGGACAAUCAACAACAGGAGCCGUGACUGGUGUCCCUGGAGCCGGCGGAUGUCCGUCUUUUGAUUUCAGUACAUGUGACCCCAACUGUGUGGUAAUGGACGGGCAAGGGUGCUUAUCCUGUCAUUGUGCAGCUUCAACUACAGCUCCACCUGCUACAACCAAAGCGCCAUCUGGGCAAACAACACAUCAACCAGGAACGACAACUGCUGUCCCUGGCGCAGGUGGUUGUCCUUCUUUUGACUUCAGCACCUGUGACCCAAACUGUGUUGUCAUGGAUUCACGUGGUUGUCUGUCAUGUUCUUGUGCUGUAGCCACCACAACCACCUCUGGGCCCGGCGCGGCCUCUGUUACGUCCAUUCCUGGAGCAGGUGGGUGCCCCUCAUUCGACUUCAGCAAAUGUGAUCCAAAUUGUGUUGUCAUGGACGCCCGGGGCUGCAUGACCUGCUCAUGUUCAGCGACUGUCGUUCCUGCAAAUGGUAAGCAAAGACCUACUACCGCCACACCUCGGCCUACCACCACCACCACCACCACACCCGGACCCACCACUAGUACAACCACACCAAGACCCAUCACUACGCAUGCUCAGACAACUACUACCGGUGGAGUCACGUGUCCUGCUAUAAGAUGUACUUAUCCCUGCGAUGCAGGAGUAACAUUUAAUUCUCAGGGUUGCCCUGUAUGUAAAUGUAGAACUUCUAGCACGAAGUCCCCUUGAUUUGUUUUUAUUUAUAUCAUGAGAAAUCUCGUAUAUAUACAAUAAAUAUAUGUUCCAACAAUAAUUAUGCGUGUUUUGAGGUUUGCAUAAAAAAAUGUCAUUGAAGUAGA